CUGAAGCAGCAAACCUCCCUCCCUUGACAGAGGCCCAGAAGAACAAACUGAGGCACCUGUCAGUCGUCACUCUGGCUGCCAAGAUCAAGUGCAUCCCCUACUCGGUGCUGCUGGAGCAGUUGCAGCUGAAGAACGUGCGGCAGCUGGAGGACCUGGUGAUUGAGGCUGUGUAUGCAGAUGUGCUGCGAGGGAGCUUGGAUCAACGGAACCAGCGCCUGGAGGUGGAUUACAGCAUUGGGAGGGACAUCCGGAGGGAGGAGCUUAGCACCAUCACCCGCACAUUGCAGGAGUGGUGCCAGGGCUGCGAGGUUGUGCUCUCGGGCAUUGAGGAGCAGGUCAGCAGGGCCAACCAGCACAAGGAGCAGCAGCUGGCCCUGAAGCAGCAGAUUGAGAGCGAGGUGGCAAACCUGAAGAAGACCAUUAAAGUGACAACAGCAGCCGCUGCAGCAGCCACGUCCCAGGACCCAGAGCAGCACCUCACGGAGCUCCGGGAGCCGGCCCCUGGCACCAACCAGCGCCAGGCGAGCAAGAAAACCUCCAAGGCCAAGGGGCUCCGGGGCAGCACGAAGAUUUGGUCUAAAUCAAACUAGCUGGAUCUCCCUUCACAACUGGGAGGGCAGCGUCUCCCUCCUUUUCAUCGCAGCAUUUCACACUCUGAGCUUCAGGUUGUACGCCUUGCUGUUUCCCCAACCGCCCAAGCCCCCGUCGCCACGGCCACGUGUUUCUCUCUUUCUCUCUCCCUGUCUUUUGACAGGCCAAUUUCAGGAGCCACAAGGUGUGACAGUCACCUUGGCACCCCCAGGGCAUCACAGAAGCUUGGAAAGAGGGUGCUGGUGCACAGCAGUCGUUCUGGCUCCAUGUGACCCCCUGGGAUACUUUGCUCCAGGACACAGUCUUUGAUUGUUUAAUCUUUGUUUUGCUAGGUGGGAGGGUAGUUUUUGAAGGGAUUCUUUUAAAAAAUAUAUAAAUAUAUUAUAAAUAUAUAUAAAACAAUAAAAAUAUAGAUCUAUGGACAUACCUAUAUAAACCUGCGCUCCUGUGGGUGGCACCUCUUUGCCUUGUACACCAGUUCUGGAGGUUCCAAAAUAAGCUGUGACAUUAAGAGCCUUUGUCCCAUUUUGGGGUGGAAUAUCCUCUCAAAGGUUCCCUUCUCAAAGGUAGUAUCUCUAUUGGGAUGAGAGUCCAUAAAACAGAAAUGAAUGAUAAAUCUUAUUUAAAGUGU